AUGUCAACCCCCGCCAACAAGAAGGUCUGGACGGAAGGGCUUUGCUCCUCCUUCUCGAUGAUUCUUGUCAGCGAGAUUGGGGACAAGACGUUUUUUAUUGCGUGUUUGAUGGCAAUGCGACACCCAAAAAUUCUGGUUUUUGUCGGCGCUCUUGGCGCACUGGCGGGUAUGACUGUGCUUUCCGCCCUCAUGGGGGUGGUGGUUCCCAACGUUCUCUCUGUCCGGGUCACAAAGGCUCUGGCGGUUAUCCUCUUCUUUGGCUUUGGGGGCAAGGCGUUGUACGACGAGUUUGUCAAGCGGGGUCAGGACGACGCGGAGAGCGACGACGAGAUGGCUGAGGCCGCCGCUGCCAUCCGCAAAAAGGACCCGAACGAUCAUGUUGAAACCGGCGAGAGCGGUCCGAACCCGGGAGGCCAUUUCCGGCGCUGGUGCGCGCUGCCUCCUGUGUUGGUGGAGGCCUUCGCGCUCACGUUUGUCGCGGAGUGGGGCGAUCGUAGCCAACUCGCCACCAUCGCCCUCGCGGCAGCGAAGAGCCCGUUUGCCGUGACGAUUGGGGGAAUAUUGGGACACGCCGUGUGCACCGGUGUGGCUGUGCUUUGUGGGAAUAUGACUGCCAAGUACGUUUCCAUGCGAACGGUGAAUACGGUCGGCGGACUCCUUUUCAUCGUGUUUGCCCUGGCAACGCUGUACGAGCUGCUUACCCAGACGCACCACGUUGACAAGCUGUCGCGGCCGCAGGUAUCGUAG